CGCUCUCGGCGCCUCGUAAACACACCACUGAAAGCGAGAGAAUGAGGAAGUCACAUCCAGAGAUGAAAUUGUGUACAUUUCGGUCUGUCAAAAUCCGUUUACAGUAGAAAUGGGUACACUGCAGUUUCUCAACGCCUUCAUCUCUGAGAGGCUGGCAGCGGCGGCUGUGGAGAUUUUCGGGGCGGUGGAGAAAACAUUGAUAGAGUACCAGGGGGAGAUCAGCCGAUCCAAGGAGGAGAUAGAUCAUCUGCGGACACUGGUGCUGUGGCCUGAAGUCAAAUUGCACAGGGCAGGCCAUCGGGUCACUCCUCAAAGCUGUGAUGAGGAGGGUCCCCCUGAGCAGCACCACUGUGAUGAUGAGUGGAGCCCAAACGUCAGCCAGGAGCACCCAAAUGCCCUUCUUAUUAAACAGGAACUUGACGUCAGGGCAGAUCAGCGAGGACUUUCCUCAAGGCAGAAGUCUGAUACCAUUGUAUGUCCUCCGUUUGUGAAAAGAGAAUGCCACCAGCACUCCCCUCCGCCUCUGCACCUUUACCGAAUACUAACUGUUGAACACAACUCUGUCAGCACAACAGAGGAUAUCAAAGCAGAGCCUGAUGGUGAUGGGUUUGUAACAUCUCCAUCAACCGGGGAGGCAGAGUCACCCUGUGGAAUAAAUCCAGAGUGCUCUGGAGUUGAACGAGAAACCCUGCAAGGUUCCCUGGAAAUUGCUCCUCAUGGGUACAGGUCCCCUGAGACGCAGUACUGUGAACAGGAUUGGAGCCCCUGUCAAGAUCAUGAGGACUCUGACGCCCCACAGAUCAAAAAGGAAAAGUUUGCGUUGUCUGGUCCCGAGGAGUCUGACAAAGACUGUAAACUUCCCAUCCAGUGUGAGAAGAGUGUGUAUGAUAAGCCUCACUGUUCAAGCCCCAGCCAAGAUCAAACUCUCAGGUACAGAACAUUUUACCCUGCGAAGGAAAUGACAAGAGACCCCGAUGGAGAAAACUACCAACUAUCAAGAUCUAGCCGAGUUUGUCAGUCCAUCUUCUCAGUGAAUCCAGACUACACAGCUGCCCAUGGUGAAUAUGUUGAGAAUGCGGCAGGUGUCGAGAAUGGAGAAUGGCUAAAGGCACUCAAACCAAAAGGAACAAGGACAAAGAAAAGGCAAACCUCUAACUCGUGCACUGAAGGAAGAGAAGAGAGCUUUAGUGUGGAGGGAGACGUGAAGGAUCUCGCCAGGGAAAGACGCCACACGUGCCCCAUAUGCAGGAAGCGUUUCAAAGAGUCAAGUCAUUUAAGGGAUCAUGUGAGAAUCCACACAGGAGAGAAACCAUUCCAGUGUAAGGAAUGUGGCAUGAACUUCAGGCAGAGUGGAGCUUUGACUUUACAUAUGAGGACCCACACAGGGGAAAGGCCGUACCAGUGCAGCGACUGCGGCCGGCGCUUUAAUCGGAAAGGAGACAUGGAGACUCACAGGGUGACUCAUACAGGAGAAAGGCCACACCAGUGCCUGGCAUGUGGGAAAAGCUUCAGAAGGAAGAGCAACUUAAACACACAUUUAAAGACACAUGCAGAGGAGAAAAUGGAUUACACUGAACCACUGUGAGUGUGCAGAGACAUUAAUCAGAUCAUCAGAGACUGUGCUGCAAUCAGUAGAUAUUUAAUUCAUAACUUAAAGACAGCAGACACCAAGAUUUCCAAAUUAAUUUGAAUUAUUUACAUUUUCAUUAUAAGGAGAAAUUACAUCUAAAAUUUGUUUGUGCACAAUGAAGUUUGUGAUUGAAGGAAGCAUUUUUGCAGAGGAGAAAUUACUUUAACAUUUUGCCUUGCACCCCUGUGGACUGUAAACACUGUGUGAGAUAAUUUGAACAUUAGGUUUGUGAUGUAAGUCUCUUAUUUUGUCAUGACACAGUUCAUUAAAUUGCACUGGGUUUAGUGA